GUUCAGUCUGCUGUGCGGACGUAUCUGUGGUAGAAAUUACGUUACAAUUUUAAAAAAUCAUACACGAAAUCAUGAGGACGUACAAGAGAAAGACAGACAAGGGAAAUAUUUCGAAGAGCAUUAUAGAAUUUGCGUGUAAAGAAGUAAUUUUAGAAGGAAAAAGUAUUCGUGCUUCAGCAAUGAAAUAUAAAAUCUCAUUUAAAACUUUGCAUCGAUAUGUUACGAAAUUAAAAGCAGAAAAAGACACCAGUCAAGUAUCGAAUAUUCGAUUAACUCGUGUAGGUUACUCCAAAAGUCGUCAAAUUUUGAAUGAUACGGAAGAAAUUGCUUUAGUGGAAUAUAUUAAAAAAGUAGCAGAUAUUUAUUAUGGUGUAACACCUAAAGAAGUGAGAAAAUUGGCUUAUCAAUUUGCAAUAAAAAACGGAAGUAAAGUGCCAGCUUCUUGGAAUGAAAACAAAAUGGCAGGUGAAGAUUGGUACAGAUGUUUUCUUAAACGCAAUGACAAUUUACCAAUAAGAUCACCACAAGCUACAAAUCUCUCUAGAGUAAUGUCAUUUAACGAACAUAAUGUUAAUUUGUUUUUCACAAAUUUGAAAACAGUCUGUAAUCGCCUAAAAGUAAAGCCAUCUGAUAUUUGGAAUAUGGAUGAGAUAGGAAUUAGUACUGUUCACAUUCCUGAUCGUGUAAUUGUACGUCGUGAGAUGAAGCAACUAGGAAAGCUGAUUUCAACUGAAAGAGGGGCUCUUGUUACCAUUGCAGUUGCAGUAUCAGCUAUCGGAAAUAUGGUUCCACCAUUUUUUAUAUUUCCAAAAGACCAUUACGUAGAUCAUUUUAUACAAGAAGGCCCUCUGGGAUCUGCAGGUGAUGUCAAUCCAUUGGGUUGGAUGAAAGAAGAACAUUUUAUAAAAUAUUGUCAACAUUUUUUUCGUUAUGUUGGACCAUCUAAAGAAAAGCUUGUUCUUCUUUUACUUGACAAUCAUGAAUCUCACCUUUCUAUUGAGGCGCUUGAUUAUUUGAAAGAGAAUGGAAUCAUAGUUUUAUCAUUCCCUCAUCGUUGCAGUCAUAUGUUGCAGCCUCUAGAUAGAUCUGUAUAUGGACCUUUGAAAAAAUACGUUAACACAGCAUGUGACAACUGGCUAGCUAGAAAUCCAGGGAAAUCUUUAUCUAUGUAUCACAUUCCAGAAAUAGUAAAAACUGCUUUACCUCUGGCGACAACUUCAGAAAAUAUUCAAGCAGGUUUCCGCGCUUCAGGAAUAUCUCCUCUAAAUGAAAAUAUAUUUCUUGAUACUGAAUUCUUAGGAUCUCAUGUGACUGAUAAAGAAGAUAGUUCUACUAUUAUCAAAGAACUUUUUAUCCAGGAAAGUGUUGAUCUUUCAGCUGCCCAGGAAGAUGUCAAUUUUUCAUUUGUCAUGGAAAAUGUCAGUCUAUCUUCGAUAUAUCAGGAUAUAACACAUCUGCCAAAAGCGGAACUAUGUCAAGAAAAAAAAAGAAACACUCAUGAACGAACUAAUGCAGUAUAUACAAACUCGCCAGAAAAAGAUGCUUUCAUGGAGCAGAAGCUGGAUUGUUCAAGAAAAAAAAGUAGAAUCAGCAACAAAGGAAAGGAAAUCGAACAAAAAAGCAAAACAAUAAGAAAAGGAAAAAGUAAAACCAAGAUAAAUUCUGAUACAGAUGUUAAAGCUGAAAGAGAUUCGUGUGCUGAUGAGACGAUGAAAGAUGAUAGCAGAGUACAGGGAUUCAAAAGAGAAUUGGAAGCAGAUAAGAUCCUUGGCUCGGCGGAUGAUAAUGGAAAGCUAAUGUACUUGAUGCAAUGGAAAGGAACAGAUGCAGUUGACAUGGUGUCUGCCAAUGAAGCCAAUGCCAAGUGUCCUCAAAUUGUUAUUCGAUUUUAUGAAGAAAGAAUAACUUGGAAAAGGGCAAAAGUAAAACCGUAACAGAUGAGCUUCUUUGAAAAAGUCAAAUUCCACAUUUUUUAAAAAUUGACUUUUAUUGUGAUCUAUGUAUGUGGUUAAAGUCUCAUUACAAAUGCUUUAAAUUUGAUUGAUCAUUGGAAGAAAGAAUUUUACUAAUGGUUAAAGAAAAAAUGCUUUAAUCUUUUGUUGCACACUGUGCCUGUAGAGGACACAUCUUUCU